UCAUAGUGUUUGAGAGCGACAAUCCCUUAAAAAGUAGAGCACUUAGUAACAAAAUAAAGAUAAAAUAAAGGUUUUCAAAAAGCUCUCAUUUUAUACCUCAAAAGGAUGUCAACUUUGUUUGUUGCUCUGCUAACUCAUUUCCCAGAUAUUCAUUUCUUUUCAAACUUCAAAUGUCAAAAAUCAAACUGCUUCUUUUUCUUCCUUAAUUUCUUGUCACCGUAAAUUAGAAGAAAAUGUUGGCAAUCUGGGCAAACCAGCUCAACCAUGGAACACCCAUUAAGCAUAUUCAAGGUAAGAGCUCCAAAGUUCAGUCCUUUGUUAGUUUAUAUGCUUCUGUGGCUCUAUUAUUAGAUGUAUUUAUCUUGCUGGGUUUUACUAUUUCUGGGUUUUGUGAGGAAGUGGGUAUGGCUUCAAUACCUCUAGGUUUUGAGGUUUCUGGGUUUGAUAAAACUACUGCUUGGGUUUCUCAAAAUGGAAUUUUUGCAUUUGGAUUUUUAGAAGGUGGAUAUUUGACAAGUAUUAAUGAUGAUAAUAAUGAUGGAGUUUAUGUUGGAAUUAGGUAUAAUUUAGGCAACAAAGUAGCUAAUUUGCCUGUUUGGACUGUGGGUGGGGGUCUUAGGGUAUCUGACAAUUCUACAUUUAGGCUUUCUGAGGAUGGUAGGCUAGUAUUAUUUGAGAAUACCAAUGGUUUAAUUCUCUGGAGCAGCAAUACUUCCGAAUUGGGUGUUCAAAAAGCCAGUCUUUUGGAUAAUGGUAAUUUAGUCUUGCUAAACAGUCAGGAUGAAGUGGUCUGGCAGAGUUUUAAUAGCCCUACUAGUAGUCUACUUCCUGGCCAAUCUUUCCAUUUCCCUCAAUCUCUUAGAGCGCCUUCCACAAAAUCGAUAUCGAGUUAUUACAAUUUUGUGAUUCGCCCUUCUGGUGAGCUUGCUUUGGUGUGGGAGAGCAAUGUGACUUAUUGGAAGAGUGGUGGUGCUUUGAGCUCCCCCUCCCCUAUUAGUACUAAAGCAGCAAGAUUUGGUUCUGAUGGUAUUUUGGGAGUCUUUGAUGUUACUAACAAAAGCAUUUGGUCUAUAACAAGCAAAGAUUUCCAAGACUCUUCUGUGAGUCUGAGGCAUCUUAGAAUUGAUACUGAUGGAAACUUGAGGAUAUACUCAUGGUUCAAUGAGCUUAAGACGUGGAAGGUGGGGUGGCAAGCAGUUGCAAACCAAUGUGACGUGUUCGGCUCUUGUGGACUGUAUAGCUUGUGUGGUUUCAAUGCCAGUGGACCUGUUUGUAAUUGCCUACAUGAGGGUACCAUAGAUGGGGGUAGUGGCUCUACAGGGAGUGACUUUAGUAUUUCUGGCUGCAAAAAGUUGGUGGAUUUAAGUAACUGUAAAAUGCGCACAAGCAUGAUGGUUUUGAAACACACUGUCCUUUAUGGUCUUUAUCCUCCACAUGACUUUGAUGUUAUGUUAAACGAGAAUAAUUGUAAGGCGUAUUGCUCUAAUGAUACUUCUUGCAUAGCUGCAACCUCCAAAAAUGAUGGUUCAGGCCUUUGUACAGUUAAAAGAACUAGCUUUAUUAGUGGGUACAAUGAUCCCUCUUUAGCUGCUGUCUCAUUCUUGAAGGUUUGUUUGGUUCCUCAGGCAGUUUCAGCUCGAAAUGCCAAUCCUCAAGGUGAAGGAAGAGCAAAUCCACUAUUAUCAGGAAGAAUCAUUGCCCAUGCAAGUGCUGAUAAAUUUGUGACUGCUCUUGGUUUGAUUGGGUUUGCUACUGCUUUGGUGACUCUCACAUUGGAAAUUCUUGUUUGGUUUGUUUAUCAUAGACGGAAAGAUACUGCGAUAACAAGAAUCCCCUUUGACAAAGAUGCUAGGAAGAACCCCCAAUACAGUGCUCUGGUGAGGUUAUCAUUCGAAGAAAUAAAGGAGCUGACUUCAGACUUUGCAACUCAACUUGGCCCCUCUAUAUUCCAAGGCAUACUUCCCAACCAAACUCCCAUUAUUGUAAAAUCACUGAUUGAUGUUGUUGUAUCAGAGAAGGAUUUUCGAGCAGCAGUUUCUAUAUUGGGUGGAACUCAUCACCGGAAUCUUGUUGCUGUAAAGGGUUUCUGUUGUGAUCAGAAGUAUAAAUUUCUUAUCUAUGAGUUUGUACCAUGUGGUUCUUUAGAUAAGUGGCUAUUUGAUAGUGAGAGAAAUACAAAUGAGCUACAUUUGCAGGAGAGGCUUGACAUUGCUCUUGGUGUGGCUCGGGGUCUUGCCUAUCUACAUUUGGAGUGUCAAAGUUGUGUUGCUCAUGGAAAUUUAAAGCUGGAGAAUGUUAUGCUGGAUCAAAAUUUGGUGCCAAAGCUGAUGGAUUUCGGACUUCAGGGCAUUUUUCAGGAGGAAGCAAGCUCUUCGUCAGAGUCAGCAUCUGAGAGGGACAUAUACAAGUUUGGACAUAUGUUGCUUCAGAUUGCAAGGGUCAAGAGAGAUCCUCCACUAAAUGAAGAUGUUAACCAUUUGAUCAGCGAGAUAGUGGAAACACAAAGAUUGGAAGGACGGGAGGGGUAUGAGAGCGUUGAAAGAGUAGUAAGAAUAGCUCUUUGGUGUGUGCAAACUCAACCAUUUUUACGACCUUCAAUUGGUGAAGUUGUAAAGGUGUUGGAAGGUACACUUUCUGUAGAUAGACCUCCCUCAAGUUUUGCCUUCAGAUCGGGGCAACAGAUAGUAGCGGAGGAGCACAAUGAAAUUCAAGAACUUCCUUAGUUGAAGAAGCUGAAUUUUGGCUAGGACUUCUGACUUUUUGUAGUCUUUUUUAGUCAAGGAAGUCUGGUGUCUUGGAGUUUGACAUGCUUAUUUUACUCCGUAACAAGAUUGAACUUCAGUGAGCAAUCAUUACAAUUAAUUGUUUAACCCAUGCAAUCUUCUGUAAAGCUAAAUGAAUUUUGAAUAGAUGCAUAUUUUCAUUUAGUAAAGUGAGUCUUUUUGUGUAAGUGCGAAGAUGAAGUUGUAUUUUCCAUCUUAAGUUAGUAUUUUUCUUGGAGGCUGACACUCCAUGUAUAAUGUUUUUUGAAUUAAGCAGUGUAAGCAUUCCGCAAUUAGGGAGUUAGCAGAGCAGAAUGAAACAAUACUUGUCAUAAAAGUUUAAACAAAUUCAGCAAAACAGAGCAUCACACUAAUGGAAUCUAAUUGUAUAACUUGUAUUGAUCACCUUGACUGUUGUUUGUUAAACAAUUAAUAUAAUGUGUUACUGUAUUAGUAAAAUCAGUUCAGUUAGUGAAAAAUUGUCAAAGUUUCUUAUUUAUAAAAAAAAAAAAAUAGUAUACUCGAAUAACUUGAUCAGUUCACUAAUGAAGUUUCUUGUUUUUAAAAAAUAAACCUUUAAAAAAAAAAAAAAAAAAAACCCUUGAAACGUGUAAUUGAGUGGCCUGUGUGCACUGAAAAUGGGUGGAGGCAAAGCAGACAAGCAACAAGAGUUGAAG